GUUUGUAUUUGAUUGGCGUGCCGAGCUUCGUGCUAACGUAACAAGAGAUUAGUUUGUGCAAGUCACAACAGGACUUAUACAUAGAUCCAGUUAGAUUACCUGCACUUAAAAACACAGCCCUUUCGUUUGAGCAUGUUUUAAUCGUCCCCCUGCAUGCAGAUAUGGGAGAGCCGGUAUCACACAAGUUUACUUCCCUUGAGGAGGAGCUGUGCUUCUGGAAGGAGCAGGCACACAGACACCAGCAAAGGGCUGAUGAGGCUCAGGAGGAGCUGCAGGAGUUCCAGCAGAUGAGUCGAGACUACGAAGCAGAGCUGGAAACGGAGCUGAAGCAGUGUGAGGGACGAAACAAGGAGCUGCUGAUGAACAACAACCGGCUUCGCAUUGAGCUGGAGAACAUGAAGGAGAAGUUUGAGGUCCAGCAUUCCGAUGCUUUGAGACACAUCUCAACGAUGGAGGAAGAACUGGGAGAGACCAAAGCCGUCAGAGAUCAUCUCCAGAAGUACAUCAGAGAGCUGGAGCAGUCCAACGAUGACCUGGAGAGAACCAAGAGAGCCACCAUCAUGUCUCUGGAGGAUUUCGAGCAGCGCAUGAACCAGGUCAUCGAGAGGAACGCUUUUCUUGAGAGCGAGCUUGAUGAGAAAGAGAACCUGCUGGAGUCUGUUCAGAGGCUGAAGGAUGAAGCCAGAGAUCUUCGUCAGGAGCUGGCGGUGCGGCAGAAGGAGAGACGGCCGUCGAGCAGCCUGGGUAAAGACGGCGAUUACACAGACCUGGCGAGCUCCUCGGCGGGGAACCCGGUCACCCCCUCCAAGCCUCUCAGCUCAUACAUCACUCCUCCAGCUUCCAGCAUCCGCCGAGGCGAUGGUCUAACAGGGACUCCUCUCACCACAUCUGCAAGAAUAUCGGCACUUAAUAUCGUCGGCGAGCUGCUGAGAAAAGUCGGAAACCUGGAGUCGAAGUUGGCGUCCUGCCGAGACUUCGUGUACGACACGUCCGUCAGCAGACCGGCCCUCCCGCCUGGGUCUGGGAGCACUGUGGGUCUAGAAGGAGGAGCUGAUGUCCUGGCCGCCAGCGCCAGCCCUCCUCCUCAGUACGACAGCUUAGUGAAGCGGUUGGAGUUCGGACCCGCUCCUCCGAGAGGGGUUUCCCAGGGGCCCCAGUCUCCACAGGGAGGAGUCAAAAUCCUCCUCUGAGAGAGAAUCUGAAUAACUCCAUCCCCUCCUCCUCCCCCUCGCCCUCCCUCAUCCGUAAACUCCAGCAGUGGGACUUUUUGCUGAGCUGUCUUCAGCCGCCACCUCGCUCAGCUAUGGACUGAAGAGCCGCUCUCCUGGGUCCCGGCGCCGCAGAGCCAGGGGGGCUGCACAGAGCCUCCCCGUCGCACCACGGCGUCCUCUUCUGUCCGGGACGCUGUGGUGGGUGGCGUCCGGAGGAUUCUCCGCGUCUCCUGCUUUCUGUGGGGGGGGGUCGAGUAGAGCAGAGCUUUUAGAAACGUUACUGCUUCCGUAAAACUCUGGUAGUUACGUCACGUGCGGACCAGUCAUGUCGAUCACAGGCGCUGGAAAGUGGCUCGGUUACAGGGACCAACGACUUGGAUUUCUAAAACGGUUUGAAUUAGCAAGUAUGACGUUAAUGAGCAGAUCCAAACCGACGAGGGAGAACAGAGCAGAUCGGGAAAAAAACUUCUCUUUUCAUGACCGCUUCAGGCCUCCGUGCAGACCAAAGCUGUGAUCAAACUAAAGGAACGGGGAAAUCUUUCACUUAGGAGAACACGGUCAGUCUUGCUCAUCAUUCUUCAUGAAAGAUCGGUUUGAUGAUUUGAAAAGAUAAAACGUAGUGGCUGAAUGAGCGGAGAGUCGGUGUUUCGUCCAUCGCUGCCUUCAUCACUGCUUCACGCCUCUUCAGUCUGAGGGCGUCGCUUCGCUUCACUGGGUUUCCCCUCUCGCUCCCGUGUACUUUCAUAUGAGAUGUUUAACGUGUGCGUAAGACUGUAGCGAAUCACAGAAAAGCAUCUUUACGACCACACAGCCAAAGGUAUGGAUUAGUGCACCAACUUAACAGCCAUAGAUUUAAUUCAUGUAUUAGAUUUGAUGAACUACCUGGUGUGGAGCGAUCACUGCAGAGGCAGCUGUCGCUGAUCACCCUCUGAUCUUUAACGGUGUGGCUUAUCGCUCUGUCACAUUAUAUAUUACAAUAAAAAAAGGGAGACUGAAUUUGUUUAGUUAUCCAGGAAGAUCUUUUUAAGUAAUCCUGUGAUACAUCCACAUGCAAACCUCUCGAUUAUUUUUCCACAGGAUUCCCAUUUCAUUUGGACUUGUUUUUGUUUGGUUCUCGUCUCCUCUCCCUCCUGACGUUGCACAGACUCCAUUCAUCUCACCAGUAAAUGUUGGAGCAGUAGACUGGCAUCUAGGGCUUACUAAAUGUGAAGAAUAGGUUUUCUGCCUCAGGGAUAGGAUCUGUUACGCUGCAGAUUCACGAUCUUAUCCCUCUUAUCAGGUUUUAAGGUGACCUUUAGGGUUUAGAUGGGCACACGUGCACUACUGAAUGUACAGCGAUAAUUCUCGUUUUCCUCCAUUAAGGGCCAGAUGGUGGACGUACGAUGAAAGAUACCAAGCAAUAAUAGAUUUUAACAGGUCAAUAAGUUUAACCGCGAUAAGCACAGUUCAUAGUAUAUUUGUGUAGGUAUAUAGAGCAUUUAUUGAAACUCCUUCGUCUGCCUUGGAGGAGGAGAUACUGCGAAUCGGGAAGCGAGGACUUGAAGUUAUAAUGUGACAGCUUUGCUUUUUUUUUGUUUUCUUGAAUUAUUUCUUGUCAAUUGGGUUUUUUUUUUUCCCCACUACUGCCGUCAUCCAGCAGCAAAUAUCACAGAUAUUCAUGUUUUGGCUCCGUACUGCACUGUAACCUGUGUAACAAAUGAGAACUGGAGUUGCUGUUUAGCCUGUCUUGGACUAACAGGAGCGAAGUGGAAUUGUAAUCACGGACCACUGUGUUCUGGGUGUUGGAUUGUGUGUGUGUGUGUGUGUGUGUGUUUUUGUGUGUGUGUGUGUGCGCAGCACCUGUAAACUGUAAAUGUGCCUGAGGGUACUUACUCUACCCAACUCUUAUCCUGCUGGUGUGUUUUUUUUCUACGGAGCUGAAACGCUGAUGGUUUUUGAUGCAGUGUGUUCGCUUGAAGUUACUGACCAAGAACAGAAACAAUAAACCGAGAAAAU